AUGACCAGCUCCGAGGUUUGGCCUCUUCCUCCCCUACACUCAAGCAUCAUCACAUACAAUGCAGGGACAGACCGCAAGCCAGAGCAGAGGAUGGAUGAGGAAAGAGCUGUUUUCUGGUGGAGCGAAGAUCAGAGCACUUAUAAAAUAACUACAACAUGGGACAGCAAACAAGUGAUGCAUGAUCCAGUAACAAUCACAUUUAAGCCACAUCCAGAUGGACUGCUGCUGGAAGUUAAUGCUCUUUUCUUUGAUGACCCUCAAGCACCUCCUGGGGAACCUGGAAAACCCUUUAAUGGACUUUGGGACUAUGAAGUGGUUGAAUCAUUUUUCCUGAACAGUCAGACUACUCAAUAUCUGGAAGUAGAGCUGUGUCCGCAUGGGCAGCAUCUGGUUCUGUUACUUUCUGGAGUAGGAAAUACUUUUAUGAUAGAACUGCCACUGGAAUUUUCAGCAGAUGUCACAUCAGAUUGGGGACAAUGGCAUGGCACUGCUCUUAUUCCCUGGCCUUAUUUUCCUCCUGGAGUUGACAUGAUGAAUUCUUAUGCUAUCCAUGGCUCAGGAAUUGGCAGAGUAUAUGAGUCUUUAUAUCCAAUUCCUCCAGAAGAAAUAAGUGAAGGACAAGGUGCCAAUUUUCAUCGUCUGGAAUAUUUCAAAGCAUUCAAACUGAAAUGGAUCAUGGGAGAAGAAUGGGAGCAGCCCUCAUCUUGCCUCUGGGAUUCUAUUCCUUGUAACAUUCCUAAGUCCCGGCUCCGGAACGCUGUGAAGAAGGAAGUGUGGGCGGGCGCAGGCACAGUCCAGAUCACUGAAAGGGGAGAGGAGGAGAGCGGCAUGGAAGCUGAAUGGACGCAGCCGGGAGCGUACACUUUGGACAGACCUUGUGGGACAUGA